CAGACCCGCUAAGAGAGUUCCGUGGAAGUCCUGCCGUGACACGAGCAUCGAAGCAGCCGUGGUUGUCACUUUGAAGCGCUCUUCCCACUGCUUUGCCGGUUUCCGGACCACCAUGAGCACUUACUUUGAAAACUCUGCGCCUCUGUGGAAGCCCACCAAUCCAUCAUGGACCGCCGUCGAACAGUUCCGGCGGCUCAUCAACGACAAACACAAGCUGCAAUUGAAGGACUACCACGACUUGCACAAGUACUCCGUUCAGUCUCUGACUUUCUGGUUGGACCUGUGGGAAUAUCUAGGCAUCAUUUCGUCGGUCCCUCCGGGUAACAGUAGAAUCACACAACCCGGCCCAACACCCGAAGUCCCUAUCUGGUUCCCCGAUGCACGCCUCAACUACGCAGAGAACCUUCUCUUCCGCACCGACGACGCCGUCGCGAUCACAGCCAAAAGCGAAUCGGGCGCACUGUACCACUACACGUACCGGGAUCUGCGGGAGCGUGUCCGUCAAACUGCCGGAGCGAUGCGCAAAGCAGGGCUCAAAGUGGGCGAUCGAGUCGCCGGCGUGGUGAACAACACCAUCAACGCGGUGGUCAUCUGUCUUGCCACGGCCAGCAUCGGCGGCAUCUUCUCCAGCACCGCUACCGACAUGGGCACUGAAGGUAUUCUGGACAGAUACCGUCAAAUCAAGCCCAAGUUCGUCUUCGCGGAGACGGAGAUCACUUACGGUGGAAAGGUCAUUGACCUGGUGCCUAAGAUCACGGAAGUCUUUCGUGAUCUCCGUGAGUACGGCUUGGAGGUCGCAGUGACGUUCCCUAGUCUAGUGAGCGGGAAGGAGAUCGUCGUCCCUCAGAGCAUCACCUUUUCCAAAUUCCUGAAAUCGGAUGAUGGGAAACCGCUGGUGUUUGAGCAGCUUCCGUUCAGACAACCGUUGUUCAUCCUGUAUUCGUCUGGAACUUCGGGGCCGCCCAAGUGCAUCGUUCAUUCAGCUGGAGGUGUAUUGCUGCAGCAGAAGAAGGAAAGCAGGUUGAAUCUGAGCAUCAACACAGGCGACACCCUGUUCCAGUUUACGACUACUGGUUGGAUGAUGUGGACGUACAUGUUGAUUGGCCUAUCCUGUGGAGCGAGGAUCAUCCUCUAUGACGGCUCACCGUUCUAUCCGAAUAUCGAAAGCUACUUGGAAUUCAUUCACGACCAACGCAUCACCGUGCUGGGUACGAGUCCUCGUUUCCUUGCAGAGGUGCAAGGGAAGGGAAUCCGUCCUCUCUCCAUCGGGUCUUUCGAAUCAUUGAGGACGGUCUCUGUGACUGGAGCUGUUUUGACCACGCCAAUGUUCCACUGGACUCAAGCUGCUUUCGGAAAGCAGAUACAUGUCAUUUCCACUUCAGGCGGAACCGAUGUGUGCACUGCAUUCGUUACUGGGUGCUCCAGCCUUCCCGUUUAUGCUGGUGAAAUGCAAUGCAAGUCGCUCGGCAUGGACGUGAAGGUUUUCGAUCCGGCGGGAAAUGACAUCGAACAAACAGGAGAGCCGGGCGAGCUGGUCUGCCUCAAUCCCCAUCCCUCUCUCCCAGUCCAAUUCUGGGGCGACAAAGAUGGUAAAAAGUUCCGAGACGCUUAUUACAGCACCUAUCCAGGAGUCUGGCGGCAAGGAGACUUUAUGGUAGUGAAUCCCAAGACGAAAGGGCUGAUGAUUUUGGGUCGAAGCGACGGUGUUCUCAAUCCUUCGGGCGUACGAUUCGGCUCCGGGGAGAUAUACAAUGUGCUCGAGCAAUUCACGUCUGUGAUCGAAGAUUCGCUUUGUGUUGGGCAGCGCCGGACGGAGGACGAGGAUGAACGCGUUCUGCUGUUCCUCAAAAUGCGUUCCGGAAAGACGUUCGACAGCAAGCUGGUGGCGGAUAUCAAAGCGGCUAUCCGGCAAGCAUUGAGCCCACGGCAUGUGCCCGCAUUCGUAUUCGAGACAGCAGACAUCCCGUACACCGUCAACGGCAAGCGUAUCGAGAUUGCUGUGAAGCAGAUUGUCUCGGGAUAUAACCUCAAGCCAAGUGGAACGGUGGCCAAUCCAGAAUCUCUCCAACUGUAUUACCAGUAUCGAUCCUUGGAACCAGUCACGACGAAGACCCGAAAAGCCAAGUUAUGAUAGAAUGGAAUAAACACUCGCCAUCAGUCUAUGUACGAAUCUAGCUCGAAAUAGAUCAGACUUGGCUCUCGUUCUCGAACGACGUUCCAAGGAUUUUUACAAUCGCCUGCAUGGAAUCCUUUUUGUGCAGUCGCUCGUCCGGCCAUCCAAAGCUACGGUGGAGAUUUCUCGCUCACAUUACGUCUCCUGCGAUCUUCAUCCCAUCCGAACAUCGCCAAGGAGUUGCUGGGCUCGCCUUCGCGCUUCAUCUCAUCCGCAUCACAGUCUGCUUCGCAAAAAUCCGAUUGUUACGCAGGGGAUCGUUCCCAGGAACGAAGACCUAGCUGAGACUUUGGAAAGCAUUCAUAUGCCAACCGAAUUGCUCCUCGGUGCCCAUGGCCUGACUUCUUGGCCGAGCGUGAGGAGGUUUGAGAUGAUGAGAGUCGUGAUAGAAUUGACCUGAUGUGGCGUGACUUGCGAACCGCAAUGGACACAUGCUGUGACUUGUCGCGUUAAUCACAUUCUCCGUCACAGCUAUGCAGGGCGCAUCGGAUAUGGCGGACGAUUCUUAAGGACAUCGAGUUUCCUCUAGCGAAGUAUCUCCUGCUCUAAAUAUGCCUACCUGUAUUUUGAAUGUGCAGCACUCCUGACGGAGACGACAGAUAUAAACGAACAACUGGUACCAAUACGAGCCCAGUUCAAUUCCGAAGGAAGUGCAUACCCAGACACUGCUCGACUGCAAGCUCGUCCGGAUACAUCUGGACAGCGGCAUGGCGCUGGAAGAGCGGGUAGAAGUCGUUCUCUUCCAUCAGUCCCGUAUUGGAGAAAUAAGUUUGAGUGUACUCCCAGUACUCUGGAUACCACCCAGCCAUCUCCCAGUCUACAAUCGCAACGAUACGGUUUCCCUUCACAAGGAUGUUUCUCGGCGCUAUGUCGCAAUGGGCAAAGGACGUCUGGUACGUCCGAUUCAGACAGCGAUGAAACGCAAGUGCGGCUGCGUCAAAGCCCACAUCUGAGGGGGGGUUCUUCAUCAUCCAGUCCACUCCUACGAAGCGUCUGAAUUCACCGACAGAGCUGAACGGUCCGAAUCCGUCUCCAUCCGAUUCAAUUCGAAAGUCUCGGCAAGGACCCCCGUCGACUGCCUCGAUGUAACCUGGACGGGGAGGUUUCAGCGCGCGAAGCUGACUGAGGUAUUCACGCAGUUGUUCCAUGAUGACCAGCCGGUCUGGCACGCCCAUUGCAUCCCACACUGACUCGAGUUCACAUCCUUCCACGUAGUCCAUCACGACGUUGAGGCGAUCGAGCUUUUCCGUGUAGUGGCCCCGGUUACGCGUCCCUCUGUCCACAAAUAUACGAUGCACGCGGGGGACAGGGAUGGUUGUGUUUGCAGCAAUGAACCGUAUGGUGAGAGCUUCAUUCAGCGCGACUUGCCACGUCCUCUUCACUACGAGCUCCCGGUUCAGUCUUGUGACGGGACCGCUGGUCCAAUACUUGCGGCCUCCAUACUGCAGUCGGAUCUUGAAGAGAAACGAUGACAGCCGUCCGAGUCGAGGUAUAUCUUCCUUCCUCGAUAUCUCUGAGGCCGACUGGGAGGAAUUGAGCGAGUGUGUGCCCAGAAGCAUUGUUACUGUGGUAUCAUGGCAAGCCUACAUGUGACAUUAACCUUGUGACCGGAGGACUGAAACAAUGGUCUACACUGACAGUUCAACGUUGACAAAUAUUAAAUUGGUUUUUGUCACCGCUUUCAAGCUCGACUGGUGAAGAGUUUUAUACUCACGCGACAUUUACGGGGUAUACAACAGGCUGACACAUUCGUGUGUACAAGACGUUCCAUGGUCGGAUUUGAUCGGGAUCCCCGAGACAUCGCAGGAUGGAAGCGGCUUUGCAGGAUUGGGCUCUGCAUAUCUUUGAGCAAACUCUGACCCUUGCUUCCAGAUGCUGUCGCCGUUUGCAGGUAAAUCUCCUAGGAAGCCGUGUUCGAUAAGACUCUAUGGAAGCAGAGCACGCCCGGCCUCACAUCGAUAGCGUCCGAGAGCCAAUGUCGGCAUCGCCAAUCGGGAUUUGACUGCACCACUGGAACCGCUUCCAGACAAGCGGAGAAAUUGGCCACAUCGCUCGACCCGAUCUUGCCGAGGAAGAGGGCAGCAACGAGUCGGGUGGUACGCGAGAAAGUGGUACCGUGUGCAUACUUCCAGACUGACUGGCCAUCCACGGCGGCGGUCCGGUCGAGUUUGUUUGUGACAUGGUAUCGUUGGGUGUCCGGCUUCGCCUCAGGCCUGCUAGGGUCCGCUGGGUUCUUUGGUACCAAUAGGAAAGCAACGGGAUAAGUUGCGAGCUCGCCACGGAUCUGCUGGCCUCGCGAAUAAUACGCGAUGUACAACCGAUUUUUGUUACGAUUCGAAAACAUGUGAGUGGGAGAGUUUCAGCGACUCGGCACGGGAAAAAGGACGACAAUUUAUGGAGAUCCGAAGCACGAAACUUCAGCGCCCGCGAGUCAAGAUUCUCACACCUUGUCGGAAAUUAGUACGACUUCUCCCGAGAUCGUGUGUUCCUUUAUAGUCUGACUCAUUCUCGCGAUAUGCCGAUAAAGACAUUCCAUAGGAACACCCAAAACGGAGCAGCGAACUCUCAUCCUCGAGACCAAAGACACGGAUCGCUACUUUGGAGAUCGUUCUGUAGAUGAUUACAUAGCACGAG